AUGCUGGAUGAGUAUCCUGAGUCAUACAAACUCGCCUUUGGAAUCAGCACGCUCUCUCAGGCUGAUCUCAACCGCGUACAUGAAAUCAUCGCCAAGUUCCAGAGAAAGGCGUAUGACACUGGUUCCUCGGAGGUUCAGAUUGCUCUUCUCACCGAGCGCAUUCGUCGUUUGACGGAGCAUUUGUGGUACCAUCACAAGGAUUUCAGUGCGAAGCGACGCAUGUACUCGUUGGUGGGCAAGAGAAAGAAGAUGAUGAAGUAUCUGCGCGAGAACAACUUCGAGCGCUACGUCUACACGAUCCGCGAGCUGAAGAUGAACGAUAUCGGCCCCAAGCUGCCGCUGCCGAACUACAAGCAAUCGAAGGGCAUGUCCGAAUUGAAGCUGCGCUUCCGUAACGAGAAUCUCUAUCCUCCGAAUCCUUUCUAUCAGGACGGAAGACCCGAGUAA